AUGCCUAAAGUCUCAGUCGCCUUUUUCGGAAUUAGUGGAUUCUUAGGCAAUCCAAUCAUCCAAGCCUUCGAAACUGGAAAGUUUGAUGACAAAAUUGAACUUCCUAUCAAGGUUGUAACCAGAAAGGAAUUGCAAUCCACAGAUAGGAUUCAAUAUAUUGUUGGUAACUUGGAAUAUGGAAUGGUCGAUAGUUUUGCUCUGCAAUUAGAAGGUGUUGAUGUCAUUGUCGAAUUGCUUGCUGUAGACCCUGCUUUAUUCACUACAGUUGAGAAAAUAGUCCAAAAGGUUAAGCCAAAGUUAUUCCUUCCUUCUGAAUUUGGUGUUGACAUUGAUCAAGUGAACUCUUAUAUCCCUGGAUUCUUGAAUGUAAAGAAGACUCAUGCUAAUAAUGUAAGAGAGUUUGGGAUUAAGACUGUUAGCGUUGUCACUGCCGAGUUUGCAGUUCCAGGUAGUUUCUUAUAUGAGUGGGUUGCACAAGUUGGAAUUGACGUAAAGGAAAAGACCAUCACCCAUUUUGGUGACCCAAACACAAAGAUUACAAUCUGUAAAUUGGCAGACAUUGCUAAUUCUGUUCUCUCUUUGGUAACCUUGGAUCCUCAAACCAUUCCUGACACCGUUAGAAUUCAGAGUGACGAAGUUACCUUCCAGGAUGUUAUUGACAGAUAUGUUCAAACCCAUGAUGUUGAAUUGAAGGUAGUCAAGACAAUUCCUAAGGAACAAGUGGCCAAAGACAUUUUAACCAGAUAUGAAAGUGGCUUCAACAAGAAUGAUAUUUUUCUCUAUUUGCAAGCCAUUGCAUCUCAAGGAAUCGACAAGGGUUUGCACUUCAGCGAGAUUCACAACCAAUUGGUCAACCCAGGAGAAUCUCUCUGGAAGUGGGAGAAGUUUUAG